AAGAAAAUUGAUUAAAACAAGCUAAAAAUAUAUAAAAUAAAAAAAGAAAAAUUGCCGACCAGGUAAUCAUGGGAAUUUACUUUCGAGAACUACAUCGUGUUAUCCUAGGGCAAGCCAAUAAUAAAAGCUUCAAGUAUAAGACCAAACUUUUUUUAAACUAAACUAAAAAAUUCUCGUAUUCCACUAAACAUCCCCCAUCCAUGGCAACUCUGAACAGCGUGGCCGGCCGUAAGCCCUCAGCACUUGUCAAACCCAUCAUUAAAUCCCACGAGUUCCCAACUGACUCUCCAAUUCUCCUCUCUAUUUGUCUCUCCUACAAAGCCAACCCAAACCCAUUAAAGCUCAGGACCAAAAACAGAAGAAAUUGGGUCAUUGAAUCAGUCACAGAGGAUAAAGAAUUGGCUCCCGCGGAGACUAGCCAUUUGGAUGAAGCUAAGAAGCCUUUGUUCCCAAAUGGGUCCAAAAUUUUAGAGGCUUUUUUUUCUUCUUCUUCAAAGAGAGGAGGUGAUGACGAUGAUGAUAAGUUGAGUAGUAGAGCAAUUAAUGCCUCUAUUGUUCUUGGAUUUGGCACGCUGGCUGUCUCUAAGUUGCUUACUGUUGACCAUGAUUACUGGCAUGGAUGGACACUUUUUGAGGUGCUCCGAUAUGCUCCAGAGCAUAAUUGGAUUGCAUACGAACAAGCUCUUAAAGCCAACCCAGUGUUAGCCAAAAUGGCAAUAAGUGGGAUCGUCUAUUCAAUAGGAGAUUGGAUUGCCCAAUGUUAUGAAGGACAGCCUCUUUUUGACUUUGACCUGACACGCAUGUUUAGAUCAGGCCUUGUUGGAUUUACUCUCCAUGGAUCCCUUUCUCAUUAUUAUUACCAAUUUUGUGAGGCUCUAUUUCCUUUGCAAGAGUGGUGGGUGCUUCCUGUGAAAGUUAUCUUUGACCAAACAGUUUGGGCAGCAGUCUGGAAUAGCAUCUAUUACGUAGUUUUGGGGUUCUUGCGUUUUGAAUCCUUGGCUAAUAUCUAUAGAGAACUCAAGUCAACAUUUUGGCCUAUGCUGACUGCAGGUUGGAAACUUUGGCCAUUUGCUCACGUGAUUACCUAUGGUGUGAUUCCUGUUGAACAAAGGCUUCUUUGGGUUGACUGUGUGGAGCUUAUCUGGGUGACAAUAUUGUCAACUUAUUCUAAUGAGAAAUCAGAAGCACGAAUAUCUGAGGCAACGGUGGAAGCAGACUCUAGUUCAUCAAGCAAUCCUCCCAAGGAAUAAACUAAUUCGAAUCAAGUGUCAUAGUUGUCAAGAGAGAUCAAUAACAUCAUUUUGGUGAGUCAAAACCGAAGAUUGAUUCCCGUGGGAUUACUUAUGGUGCAAGAGUAAUCAGAAUGCGAAGUUCUCGACAGAAGGAAUUUCAUCGAAAUACGACAGCGUAUAACUUUUUAACUUUUCUACCUUAGUCUUUCAGAUAUAUAGAGAGCAAACGCGGCGACGGAUGAGGCUUAGCUUAAAUAGUAUCAGGGCAAGUUUAGUAAUCUAGACCCAGCAUGAUUCCGCCCUUUCCCAUCCAAAUAAGUUUUAAGAUUGUGUUAUAUUUUUUUUAAUGUAUAAAUUAGUUAUUCUUGUAUUCAACUGGCCUGCAAUAUGUUAUUAGGUUCAAUUAAUCAUUAAUGAAAUUGUUGUACAAUAUUCUACAUUUAGUUUCU